GUAAGUGAAGCCGCCAUUUUCAGAGAGAAACAGAACUUUUAUUUGCAGUUGUUGUUGUUGUUGUUGUUGUUGUUGUUGUUCUUCUUCUUCUCCCCUUUCCUCUCUCAAAUGGAGUUCGAAGCAAAUUAUGAAGUUGAUCGAACUGCAGAUUAUAUCUACUCCCAUAACUUCACCAGGGUUGCACUUCAGUUCCCUGAUGAGUUGCUGAAAGAUUCAAUCAGAGUUGUGAGAGCGCUUCGAGAUAAGCUCCGAGCACUUCAAAAAUGUAAUGAUGAUAGUGGUGAAAGCCUUGUUGAGGGAAGGAAGGAUGUGGGUUUGUAUGUAAUGGCUGAUACAACUUACGGUAGCUGUUGCAUUGAUGAGGUUGGGGCGGCUCACAUCAAUGCCGAUUGUGUUGUGCAUUAUGGACAUACUUGUUUGAGCCCGACAUCGACUCUUCCAGCGUAUUUUGUAUUUGGAAAGGCUUCUAUAAAUGUUGCAGACUGCGCACAGAAGAUCUGUACUUUUGCUAAAAGUUGCAACAAGCCUGUUCUGGUUCUCUUAGGACUUGAAUACACAUAUGCAAUGCAUGACCUGAAGGAGGCAUUAGCAGAUGAAGCACUAAAAUUGUCAACAUCUUCAUCCAAGUUAGAUAUUAGUUGUGCUAGUGUUCUGUCUCCGGCUGUUGCUCCACCCGAAGAGAAGACGGCAUCUAACGGACAAGUUGAAGCUGUUAAUAACCUUUCCGGUUGCCCUGAAGCUGGUGAUGCUGAAGUUUAUACAUCUUACAACAUUGGUGGUCUCACUUGGCGUUUACCGCAUGGUCAACAAAUAGAGGAUUACUUGGUUUUUUGGAUUGGACCUGAUAAUUCAGCAUUUGCAAAUGUAGUGCUGACUUUUAAUGCUUGUGAAAUAGUGAGAUAUGAUCCUGCAGAGAGGUGCCUAAUUACAGAUGUAUCCCAAAUAAAAAGGAUUCUACAACGUAGAUACUACUUGGUGGAGAAGGCAAAGGAUGCUAAUAUUGUUGGAAUUUUGGUUGGGACCCUUGGUGUAGCUGGUUAUCUUCACAUGAUUAGUCAGAUGAAAGAAUUGGUCACAAAAGCAGGGAAGAAGGCCUAUACAAUUGUUGUGGGAAGACCAAACCCAGCAAAGCUUGCCAACUUCCCUGAGUGUGAUGUCUUUGUUUAUGUUUCUUGCGCACAAACUACACUUUUGGAUAGCAAAGAGUUUCUAGCUCCAAUCAUCACUCCAUUUGAGGCAAUGCUUGCUUUUAAAAGAGGUAGCCAGUGGACUGGAGAAUACACGAUAGAGUUCAGGGAUUUGAUGAAUAUGCCAUCAUUUGGAGGUGAAAUUGGCACGGAUGAGCCACGGUAUUCUUUUAUCCUAGGUGGAUAUGCUGAAGAUCAUAAUCAUGAAGAGAAUGCUGAAGACAGUGAAGAAGAAUUGGCCUUGGCAGUAUCAACAGAGAAGGUUCUCCGACUUAGAGAUGAAGAUAUCAAUGUCCUUGCCAAGAUUGGUCCAAAAUCUGGGGCAGAAUAUUUAGCAACGCGGUCAUACCAGGGUCUGGAUAUACACCAUGAUGGCUCAAUGCCGAAGCCCAUUGUGAUUGGUAAAACAGGGAGAGCAUCAGGUUAUGAGAAUGAGAAGACCCGAUAACUAAAUACUUGAGAUAUUACAUUCUCUUCUUUUGAUUUAGCAUGUUGAUUUUGAUUUAAUUGUCACUAGAAAGAUUCAAGUAAUAUCCUAGUAGGAUAAUCAUUUUUUGGACGGCUUUCCUUAUCUCAUGUUUCAACGGUUUUAGGAUUAUUCA